UUCGUUGUGACACAGUUUUUCAAGAUUCCACUUGCAUUUCGCUUAUAAAUAGAGUUUUCCCGAUGUCAGUGUCAUUUUCGUUGUGUUCCCCCACCCUUUCGACCAUGGCUAAGUUGAUGGCUUAAGUUUUGGAUGCCCGACUAGAAACGGAUCAAGACACUCGGACGGUGUCAUCGGUGUUGCGAUGUCAAUGGUGAACAGUGCCGUUAACCUCUUUCAAGGAACAUUCACGCAAAUACUGACCGCGAUAACAUGUACUCUUCCCAUGAUAUCCGAUGGCAUGCAGUACGGCUGGUCUGCCCCAGUGAUACCAGUCUUUCAAGCCGAAAACUCCCCCAUUAAAGUAACCAAAAAACAACUGGAACUACUGGAAUCAGUGUACAUCAUAGGAGCAAUAUGCGGAAUCACUGUAACCAUAUAUCUGGUGGACAAAAUCGGACGAAAAAUGUCUUUAAUACUCGCAGCAACCACUACUUUGAUUGUGUGGAUAGUUAUUGGGACGGCUAAUAGGGUAGAGUAUAUUAUAGCUGCGAGGUUUUUUACCGGGAUGGCAGGUGAUAUGGCUUUCGUUGCUGCCCCGAUGUAUUUGGCUGAAAUUGCCGAUCAAAAGAUAAGAGGAUUUUUGUCAAGUAUCAUAUAUCUAAUGAUGUUGGUUGGGAUUGUUGUCGUGUAUGUUACUGUACCUUUUACACCAUAUAUUACAACACCAAUAUUAGGUGUUUGUAUUAACGUUAUUGGUAUCAUAACGUAUGCUUUUAUGCCAGAGUCACCAUACUACUUACUCAUCAAAAACAAGCCUGAGAAAGCUAAAGAAGCUUUAAUAAAGUUUAGGCAAUCCAAGGAAGUUGAUAAAGAGUUCGAGGAAAUAUCACAGUCAGUCCAAAGGGAGAAGAGUAUCAAAACCAAACCAUGGGAUAUUAUUUUAGUAAAAAGUAAUAGAAAGGCCGUCCUAAUAAUGGUUGUAUUAAACGGUGCCCAACAUAUGGCCUGCAUAAGCAUCGUCAUAAUGAAUCUUCACUUAAUCCUCGAAGCUGCAGGUUCUAUAUACAUCCAAACAUCAUAUGCAGCCAUAAUUUUCUCCACCAUAAUGCUUCUAUCAGCUACCAUAUCCUCAUUCUUUAUGGACAGAUACGGGCGUAAAAUAUUACUAAUAAUCUCCAACAUCCUAACAGGUUUUUGUCUGCUCACUCUCUCCAUAUACUUCUACCUAAAACACACUGGUGUAGAUGUGUUGAGCGUGAGUUGGAUACCGAUUGUUUCAGUGAUGAUAUACGCGGCCGCCUUUAAAUUCGGUUUGGGUUUAGUGCCGAUCGUUUUGACAGCCGAACUUUUCCCUUCAAAUGUUAAAGCGUUGGGGAUGACACUCUCGGACGUUAUGUAUGUGCUCUUUGCAUAUAUUUCUAUCGAAUUGUAUCAAUUUUUAAGUGACAAUUAUGGAAUUCACGUUCCAUUCUUUUUAUUCACCGCUUGUUGUGUAUUUACCGCGGCUUUUACUUACCUAUUUAUUCCUGAGACGAAGGGAAAAACUCUCGAGCAGAUUCAGGUUAUGCUAAAAGGUGAAACUAAUCGAGUUCGUAAUAUUAAUAGGCCUGAAAUUGUGUAUACUAGUGUGGAGAAGGUCUAAACAAAGUGGUUUUUGAUUUUAGACUUUAGAAUACUUUUCUAUUGGGUUUUACAGGGUAUUGUCAACUCUUGUCUUGAAACCUGUCUUAAGGCCUCAGUUAUCUUCAGACCUUAGUGUGUGCUUUUAAACUGUUACUAAAAGCUUCAAAACUUAAGUUGUAUACAAUAAAAAUAUAUUUCUAGAUGCAAAGAACAGUAUUAAAAUG